AUGCUUAAGGCAUCAGCUCCACCCCCGCCCGGGGCCGUGGCCGCCUCUGUCCCUGCUGCCCCCAAGGCCGCCCUGGUUGCUGAGGGCGAGUUCUCCGAGGCGGGGGUCCCUCGCCAGUGCCCGCAGUGCCAGGCGGUCUCAGGUUUUCGAGAGCGAGGGGCGGCUCCGCUCCGCUCCGCGUUUACGGCCUGCCCUUGCAAGGAGAGGCUGCUGCGGCGGGACCUGCGCCAGCACGUGGACACGGCCUGCAAGUACCGCGAGGCCACGUGCGCGCACUGCAAAAGCCAGGUCCCCAUGGUCACGCUGCAGAAACACGAGGACACCGAGUGCCCCUGCGUGGUGGUGUCCUGCCCUCACAAGUGCAGCGUCCAGGCGCUCCUGAGGCGCGAGUUGAGUGCACACUUGUCAGAGUGUGUCAAUGCCCCCAGCACCUGUAGUUUUAAGCGCUAUGGCUGCGUUUUUCAGGUCAGUAUCCAACAUUCGUCCUUCCAGUCGCUGACGUUCUGCGUGAUAGUUGUUCUCCUAACAUGUAACGUGCCGGUCCUGGACUCCUGUCUCGGCGUCAGCCGCCCGCCCCGGGCGGUGCUCAGUGUCUGGCCCGUGGGCCGCGGCCCCGGCGGCCCCAAACACGAGGACACCGAGUGCCCCUGCGUGGUGGUGUCCUGCCCUCACAAGUGCAGCGUCCAGGCGCUCCUGAGGCGCCUGCUGGAGUCCCAGCUGAGCCGGCACGACCAGAUGCUGAGCGUGCACGACAUCCGCCUGGCCGACAUGGACCUGCGCUUCCAGGUCCUGGAGACGGCCAGCUACAACGGCGUGCUCAUCUGGAAGAUCCGCGACUACAAGCGGCGGAAGCAGGAGGCCGUGAUGGGGAAGACGCUGUCGCUGUACAGCCAGCCCUUCUACACCGGCUACUUCGGCUACAAGAUGUGCGCCCGCGUCUACCUGAACGGCGACGGCAUGGGCAAGGGCACGCACCUGUCGCUCUUCUUCGUCAUCAUGCGCGGCGAGUACGACGCGCUGCUGCCCUGGCCCUUCAAGCAGAAGGUGACGCUCAUGCUCAUGGACCAGGGCGCCUCCCGGCGCCACCUGGGCGACGCCUUCAAGCCGGACCCCAACAGCAGCAGCUUCAAGAAGCCCACCGGGGAGAUGAACAUCGCGUCGGGCUGCCCGGUCUUCGUGGCCCAGACCGUGCUGGAGAACGGGACCUACAUCAAGGACGACACCAUCUUUAUUAAGGUCAUAGUGGAUACCUCGGACCUGCCCGACCCCUGACGCCGGCCUGCGCUCGGAGGCGGCCCCCGGGCGGCGCCGAGGACACGCUCACCCCAUGGACUGCGCCACCUCGCUCUGGAGAAUUAUUUAUCCUCCGGGAUCGGUUCUGCUGUCAGAGAAGGCUCCAUCUCCAUUCCCGAAGCCGCGCUUGGCCGCGGGAAGCGUCCGUGCCGGACAGCAGGGCCGCGGCCGCCCGCGCGGCGCCUCGGCCCCAGGAGGCCCCGGCGCGCCCGGGGGCUGGACACGCAGCAUGUCGGCGAGGGAGGAACACAGGGAACGGCGGCCCUGACCUCUUCAGUGCAAUCUUGUUUAAAUAUAGCAUAUUGUCUAUUUUUAAGGCCUCAUCUGGUCUCUGUUUUAAUGAUUUGUCUGUCAGAAGACCCUGAAGUACACCUCGGUCUUUUCUGAAAGUCUCUAAAUUCAGAAUCAUUUUUUUGAUUUAAAGUUCUACAGGUAACUGUUACUGCAGACAUUUUAUUUUAAAACGUUGAUGAGACUGCUAUUUCUUGGAAGAAAAUGUAAAACACCAGACACUGGUUAUCACUUGUGAUAGGAAAGAAAACACUCACCCCGUUGUUAUUUCUCGUUAGAAAUGUGACCCGGUGCCCUGGCGCGACGACGCCUCAUGGCCGCGGGGGGCGCUCUUCGAUGCUGUGCAUCAUCUCAGAUUACAGUUGUUUUCACCCUAAAAUAGGGCAUUAGUUGAACUUUGGAGUUCUAAACAAAACCCGUGGGCCCCCAGGUUCCGCCCCGCGUCCGGCUGGUGCUCAGCGCCGGGGCGCGGCGCCUCCCGCCGGCUGUGUUCACUGUGCUUCCAGGUAGCUUGAC